AGUUUAAUCUGUAAGAAUGACAGAUGCAGAAGCGGAGGUGAACCUUCCAACCAUUGAAAGAAAACCGGGUCUGCAGAUAUGGACCAUAGAGAAAAUGAAGAUGGUACCCAUCCCUGAAAAGGCCUAUGGGAGUUUUUUUGAAGGGGACUGUUACAUCAUCAUACACAACACAAAGACGCGGUCCGGAUUUGCCACCGACCUGCACUUUUGGAUUGGGCGUGAGUCAUCUCAAGACGAGCAAGGGGCGGCCGCUUUCUACGUGACGCAGCUGGACGACGCACUGGGCGGGAACCCUGUACAGCACCGGGAGGUGCAAGGAUAUGAGUCGGCAGCCUUUAAAAGCUAUUUCAAGAAAGGCAUCAUCUACAAGAAGGGAGGAAUCGCGUCCGGGUUCAAGCACGUGGAAACCAACAUAUAUAACAUCAAGCGGCUCCUUCAUGUCAAGGGGAAGAAGCAUGUGUCGGCUACAGAAGUCGACCUUUCCUGGGACAGCUUCAAUAAAGGCGAUGUUUUCCUGCUGGACCUUGGCAAAGUGCUGAUCCAGUGGAAUGGGUCUUCGUGCAACAUUGCCGAGAAAUCCAGGGGAAUGGCCUUGGCACGGAGCAUCCGGGAUGGCGAGAGAGGUGGGCGCGCUCAGAUUGGCAUCAUCGACAACGAGAAGGACUCCCCUGACCUCAUGCAGAUCAUGAAAGCCGCACUGGGGGAGAGGCGUGGAGAGCUCAAGGAUCCCACCCUGGAUGAGAAAGCUGAUGAACUUCAGAAAGCCAAUGUCCGCCUUUACCACGUUUACGAAAACGGCAAGGAUUUGGUGGUUCAAGAAAUUGCUACGCGGCCCCUGACGCAAGACCUCCUGCGCCACGAGGAUUGUCACAUCCUAGACCAGGGAGGCUUUAAAAUUUACGUCUGGCGAGGAAAAGACUCCAGCAAAGAGGAGAAAAAAGCAGCCUUUGGCCGAGCAGUGGGUUUCAUCCAAGCCAAAGGGUAUCCUGCUACGACAAAUGUAGAAGUUGUAAAUGAUGGAGCAGAGUCGGCGAUGUUUAAACAGCUCUUCAAAAAGUGGACAGGGAAAGAGGAGACUCAAGGACUCGGCAAGACACACAACAUUGGGAAGAUUGCCAAAGUGGAUCAAGUAAAAUUUGACUUUGCUCAGCUGCACGCCAGACCAGAGCUGGCUGCCGAGCAGCGCAUGGCAGAUGAUGCCUCUGGGAAAGUGGAGGUGUGGCGAAUUGAGAAUCUUGAAAUGGCCCCGGUAGAACCCAGAAACUACGGGCAAUUCUAUGGCGGAGACUGUUACCUUGUCUUGUAUACCUACAUGAAAUCCAACAGACCACAUUACAUUAUCUACAUGUGGCUUGGCCGCCACGCUUCUGUGGACGAAGUCACGGCUUGCGCUUUCAAUGCCGUAGAGCUGGACAAGAAAUAUGGGGAUGAGCCCGUGCAGGUCCGAGUGACGAUGGGGAAGGAGCCCCGGCAUUUCCUCGCCAUCUUCAAAGGAAAUCUGAUCAUUUAUGAGGGAGGCACAAGCCGGGCACAGAAGAGCGAACCGGAGCCUGCCGUUCGUCUCUUCCAAGUCAGAGGUGCGGGGGAAUUCAACACCAAAACCAUUGAGGUCCCAGCCCGGGCUUCCUCGCUCAACUCCAACGACGUCUUCCUCCUCAAGACCAACCAAGUCUGCUAUCUGUGGUGUGGAAAGGGUUGCAGCGGGGAUGAGCGAGAGAUGGCCAAGACUGUGGCUGACAUCGUCUCCAAACGGGACAAGCAGACCAUUCUGGAGGGUCAGGAGCCAGCGGACUUUUGGUUGGCUCUCGGAGGCAAAGCCCCAUAUGCUAGCGACAAGAGGUUCCAAGAACCGGCCGCCCACCACCAGCCUCGCUUGUUUGAGUGCUCCAAUCAAACCGGGCGGUUCAUCAUGACGGAGAUUGUGGAUUUCUGCCAGGAUGACUUGGAUGAAGAUGAUGUCAUGCUUCUGGACACUUGGGAAGAGAUUUUCCUUUGGAUCGGCAAGGCUGCCAACAACUAUGAAAAGAGCGAAUCCAUUUCUUCGGCCAAGGAGUAUCUGAAGACCCACCCGGCAGGAAGAGAUAUAUCGACACCCGUUAUCAUGGUGAAGCAAGGUCACGAACCACUCAACUUCACAGGCUGGUUUGCUGCCUGGGAUCCAUACAAGUGGAGCGACGGCAAAUCUUACGAGGAGAUGAAGACUAGCUUAGGAGACCUGUCGGCUAUUUCAGAGAUCACAGUGGACCUUAAAAAUGCCAACUUGAAUAACAAAAAAGCCAACAACAACCCAACACCCAAACAGACUCCCGAUCCAACCGCUUCAGGGUCCAGACAGAGUCCGCAGGCAAACCAACCCCUCUCCAACAGCAACAGCAGCAUCAAUGGCAACAAUAAUGACGCCCCUUUGCUAGAGACUCUCGGGAGUGGCACAUAUCCUCGAGAGAUGCUGAUCAACAAGACGGUGGAUGACAUGCCGGAAGGAGUGGACCCCUCCAAGAAAGAGUACUACUUGUCCAAUGCAGAUUUCUGUGACAUCUUCGGGAAAACCAAGGAUGAGUUCUACCAGAUGCCCAAGUGGAAGCAGCAAAACGAAAAGAAGCAAUUUGGACUCUUUUGAGCCAAAGAGCACCCCAACUGCUUGGAACUAGUUUCGGGGAAACCUGAUGGGGUGGAAG